AUGUUUUCAAGCUUCCUUAGCCCUUCUGCUCGAGGCGCCGCAAAGGAGAGCAGCCAGGACCAGCGGGAAAAGACGAAAAAGGGACCUCCCGAGAAGCUCGAUAUCGACAAAAAGGCCACCCCGGAUCGUUGGCGCCCCAUGAUUGGUGCCGGUGACGAGGAGUUCAAGGAGAUAUGGGACAUGUUCGACAAGAUGCGCCACCACGGCGAGAAGAGGCUGGGGCUGGACGACAUACUCGAGAAGCACUUUACGCGGCACGAGGCUUCGCUCUUCAUCCCGGCCGAUAGGGAAAAGAGCCCCGCCAUCGCCUACAUACAGCGCCAGGCCAGCCGUCGCUAUCACAAGCUAGUCAAGACAGAGCGCUUUGCCGGUCUCAAGCAGGCCAGCUCUGCCGAGGUCUUGAUCUCCAAGCUUACCAUGCUCUACUUUGGCCUCCCCAUCGCUCCGUACUCGUUCGUCUCGUUCGAUGACCAGGUGGCCGGCCAGGAGGACGAGGAUGGCAUCACCUAUGACACAGUUGAGCUGGUACACCCCGAACACCGCCCUCUCAAGUUCUUGAACAAGUACACGGAACGGUCUUAUGGCAAAGACAUUAGUAGAAGGCCCGACCCUCUCUACGAGAUGUUCUACAGCGGCCUGAGCGAGCUGCAGUGGGCUGGACACAUUCCAUAUGAGAUCCCUUCCUUCGGCCAACUCUCAAGCAUGACAACCGCAGGUGGCCCAGGCCCAUCAGCCGGGACAGCACUCCGCGGUGGAGCAGGAAACGCGGCCGAGCUUCGCGGACGCAAAACCCGCGGGGUCCCAGUGGAGGACGACUAUACCUGGCGCAUGUACGGAUAUCAAGGCCAGAUUGUGAUUGGAGAAGACCUGUCAGAGUUCCAGAGCGCCGUCGAUCGCCUGCUCGGCUUCACUGAGCGCGGUCGGUGCAUGGCAACGCUGCACCGCUUCAACAGGACCGUAGGGAAGGUUGACACAUCCCUCGACUUUGCGACGGGAUCCAACGAGGAGGAUGAGGCGUUCCAGCUCGUUCGGGAGACGCCGGAUCCGGAUCAAAAGAAAUUCAGCUUCUUCUUGACGAAGCCGCAUGAAGAGCCCCCGGAUAUCACCAAUUGGUUCCCCGCAGCGGACAACAAGAACAUAGUCAGGGUCAGAGCAUCGGGCAAGACCGGACUCAACUGCGCAUACAUCUACCUGCCUCACUUUGAGAGGGAUUACAUUGGCGCCAACGAUUACGAGAGCAUCUUUGUUGCUGCCGCCCGCAUCCUGUUCGCCCCGCUGGGAGUUACCGAGAACAUUCCUGCGAUCCUGCCCUCUGUCGUCGGCUUCGCUUUUGCCGGGGAGCAUGACACCCCGUACAAUUGCAGCUUGGGCGGCCUGAACAUUUCACACUACCUCGUCGGCGUCAUCCAGAAGCGGGCCAAGGAGCGCAAGACGAGGGAUCUCAUCAUGAUCAGAGGCCCUUCUAUUUUUGAAGGGGAAAUGGGACUCUUCAUGCCAGGAAUCACCUACGAUGACCGCCCCGCCACAGACGACGCAGCCAUGGGCAUCAACACGUCGGAGCGGUGGAAGUUUAGUUCCUACAACAGCGUAGGUCCUGGCGGCGAACCGGCCGCCGAGGUGUUGAGGAAACACAUCUGGACCAGGUUCUCGCCAAGCGAGCUCAAGCAGAUCCAUCACGUCGAGAUCUGGGCUCCCGGGGAGGCCAUCAUGGACCCUAAAUCCCGCCCCAGGAGCAUCAUGAUCGACGUCGUGCAUGUCGCAGACCGGGUGACGGAUAACGCUCUGGACCAGCUCCUGAAGCAUGCCGCUGAUCAAAAGCCCGAUGACCUGGUCUUUUUCUCUGCCAAGCCUGCCUACCAGUCGGGCCACAGGGUCAUCCUGUUGGACAAAGACGGAAGGUGGACGCGCCCGGAAGCGAUCGGAAACGACAAGCACCCGCAGUGCUUUUCUCUCCGGGGCGAGAUGACUGUCGAAAGGUUUCGGCAGAAGAUCAGGCGGGCGAUCGUCUCCAAGUUUGACGAGAGUCAUAAAGACGGUGCCAUAUUCAUCCAGCAGAGUGAGAAGGUCUGGGAGAAGUACGAAGACAUGUCUCCGGAAGAUCAAAGGUUCAUACAGCAUGCCGCAAAACUCAGCGGUCUUCGCAAGGGAGAGUUUAUGGCGCAGCUGAGAGCGAUGAUGGAGGCCGGACGCAACAAUUACGUGGUGCAUCCCCAUACCACCGAGGAUGAGUGGGUGAUCAUCAAGCGCUUCAUAAUCUCCCAGGACAUCUAUGUCCACAUGAUACCCCUCUGGUCGGCUCCCGCAAGCCAGACAACCGAGCUGUUUGGCUGCUUCAUGCCAUUAAGUGGAGCAGCUGAGAGUAAGACCGCGGCGCGUAUCCCCGGCAAUGGAAAAGGCAAGGACAGGAACAACGGCGAGUCGACUUCGGACUCUAGAGACUUGAUCGAAGUCGUUGGCGACAGGCAUCUCGGUGAAUUCGCCUUGGAUCCGAACUUUCAGAGUGUCCCUUCUGCUCUAGAGUCAGCAGGCAGUCAGAAACGCACAUCGCGUCUGAACGAAAGCUUGUCUGCGCAGAGUAACAGCCGACAGACCAGUCGGAUCACCAUGCAGAACACCAUACAAAACACCACGCAGAGGCGCAUCCAGGGGACAACUGAAACAAGCCCUGCUCUUGAUGGCAAAGUCGUUCCCUUUGGGCCGCCCACAAUCCAAGGGAAGUGGCCACUCACAAAUGCCGAAAGGGUCAAGUUCCUCCGUGAGCAGACCUACGGGAACCCCAUCUCUAUCUACGACGGCGGCAGACCGCACAUACCGAUCAACGCGCCGCCGCUCGAAAAGUUCCUCCACGGCGGCGCCGGUCUCCCGUCUGUCAGCAUCGCCAUGAUGACGCUGACCGAGCAGCGGCACCUCCAGGAGCAGUACCUGCAGAUGCGCAACGUGGCGCUCGAGCGGACCAUGCCCUGUCCGUACCGGCCAUGCGGGCACUCGUUCAGCGUGGACAAGCUCGACGCCUUGCGUGCUCACAUUGAGGCCUCGCAUGCUUCGGACAGCUGCAACUUUUGCGAUGAGCGUCUCUACAAGUACUGGGGCACGGAGAAACGGCUGCACCACUUCAACACGAAACACUCCAAUAUGCUUUCGGUGGCGGACACGGCUGCGGUCCUUUCCGUCACGAUGGGCGAGAAGCCAGCCCAGAGGGACAAAGGCAAGAAGGCUGUAAGCUUUCAAGGCCCCGAAAAUCCCACCAUCGUCAUCACGAAGCCUACCAAAGACGCGGCCACCAAGUCCAAGCCUGCAGGAGCCGCACGCGGAACACCGCAAAGGUCGCCUGUCCCAGGUCAGACGCAGCGUCAGGUGCACAAAUCCCUCAAGCCCAGCACGGAGAAUGCCAAUUCCUCAGGCGGCAAAGGCAAGCGGACCGCCGCCCCCAAUAAUAACGGCGAUAUAGAGCACCUUGACGAUGGCAUCGAGGAUGACGACUAUGACAUGGAGUAUGAUGAGGAGUAUGAAGAGGAGGAGGACGACGAGGACUAUACUGAAAAGCCGAGGACGCCCAAGCCAGGACGUAGCAAUGCUAGUGGUGGCGCCUCAGAUAAUCGAGAUAGCACACCAGCAUCUUCAACCAAGAGGAAGAGAUCCGGGAACAAGUGGAAAACUGGCGAGAAGGACUCGACAUACCGCGACGGUGGUGACAUUGACGAUCACGACAGCGAGCCCGUGGCAGAGUUGUGCAUCGUCCCUCCAGAAUCGUCUCGUGGCAAGAAGCAGAAGGUGUCACACCCUGACCCCGAUUCCGAUGACACCGAAUGGAUAGACAGCGGACACUCGGACGACUCCUCCAUCUCAUCCCAGGACGAAGAGCCCAACACCUCGGGCACGGCCAGGCGGCGCGAGGCGUUCCGCCUCCGUGCGGAAAAUGACCCCAGCUGGAAGCCGCGCAAGGGCUCACACGCCAAUGACGACGACGACCCGGAGCUCGAGGCGUCGGCGGUGCCCGAGGGCGACGAUUCCGUCCUAGCCGACAUCCAGGGCGGAACAGAAGCCGGGUCCGCUGCCAAGAAGCGCGGCACCCCUGCCGACCCGUCCUACAGGCUCCCAAAGGACGCGCCCGGCGAGGAUGACGACCCGGCGCUGAUCAGGUCGGCAGUGCCCGAGCCAGGCCUGCCGGGGAUUCUGAUGGAGACCCCGACCAAGAAGCGCAAGCUGCCCACGGACAGCGGCAAGAGCGCAGCUGCUGUCCCGGGAGGCGCCAAUCUUGAGGUUGCUUUGCACGAGAAGACGGUCAGCCGGGACGCCGAGCCCGUUCCCAAGAAGGCCCGCCGAACGCCGGCUGCCAAAAAGACUGCCGCGGCGAGGAAAACGCCGGCAAAGGCAAAAGCCACCCCCGCGGCAAAGUCCACUGCAAACAAACCUGCCGCAGAGGAGGAUGCUGUCGAUGAGCCAGCCUUGGUCACAAAGUCCACCGCUAAACCUAAGCCUACCCCAGCCAGGCGCAAACCUCUUGCCGAGGGUGAUCCUGUUAGAAGGUCAACUCGUACUGUGAGCAAGGAGAUCCAGUGA